AGUGGGCGGGGCUACGGCGGUUUGUGUGGCAAGGCGUGGUGACGGGCGGCGGGUGAUUGACGGGCGGCCUGAGACGAAGGUCUUCCGCUUGGAGCCCGGCGAAUGGGCUGUUGCACCGAGUCCCUGGAGAGGGAAAAACCGUGAGGGAGGACCGUCCAGGAGGCAUCUCUGGGGCAGUUGGUCGCCCACCGACCGGUAUAAGAUUCCACUGCGUAUCAGCAGUUAUGUCAAACAAGGAAGUGAAAGCAGCACUGAAAAAUGCCAGAGAGGCCAUAAGAAAUAAAGAAUACAAAGAAGCACUGAAACACUGCAAGACGGUCCUGAAACAAGAAAAAAAUAACUACAAUGCCUGGGUAUUCAUUGGCCUAGCAGCUGCUGAGCUGGAACAACCUGACCAGGCCCAAGGUGCCUACAGGAAGGCCACUGAACUUGAACCAGGGCAGUUGCUGGCAUGGCAGGGACUGGCAAAUUUGUAUGAAAAAACAAAUGGUGCAGAUGUGAGGGAGGACUUGGUUAAUGUUUACCAGAAACUCCUAGAACUCUAUGAAAGCACAGAUAAACAGAAGUGGUGUGAUAUCUGUAGAAAACUUGUAGACCUGUAUCAGCAAGAAAAAAAGUACCCGCAGGUGGCUCGAAUGUGGCACAAGCUGAUAAAAAUAAGACGGGAAGAAGGUGCAGACAAUUCUGAGCUUCAUCAGCUCUGGAAGAGACUGAUUCAGUCACUGGAAGAAGGCACACAUGUCCAGGAUAAUGAAACACAGCAGUUGCUCCUUAAUGCACAUGAAGAGGCUGUGAAUUCCACAGAGCCAAUUCCAAGUGAAGAACACCAGAAGUUAUAUGGAGAGUUUGUUGAGUGUUUAUCAAAACUCCCUCAUGAAUAUGCUAAACUGAAGACGGCUUGUGAAGAUAUGAUGCGUCUCUACCCGACUGCGAGUUAUCCUCUGGAAGUUCUUUGCUUACACUUCAUUCAAUCAGGCAGCUUGAAUGAAGAGGCCCUGAAUUAUUGUCAGAAGCUAUUGGGCGUUGAUUCAAGAAGUGGUCCAGCUCUUAUUGCUUUAGGAAUUCAGUUGCUCCAUGAAAAGAAAUAUGACAAAGCUGAAAAAAGUCUAACAGAAGGUUUACAACAGACCAGUCAGUGUCCAGUAGCAUGGUGCUACUUAGGAGAGGUACAGGUGAAAAUGCACAAAUACAAAGAGGCUGUUCAUUCUUGCAAUCAAGCCUUAAGGAUGUUAGGACAACUUUAUGAAGCCAGUUCCCUUCAGCAACACAAAGAACGUGCCUGUUGUUUCAAAGCAGUGGCCUUGCUUAGACUUCCAGGCUCUGAUGCUGCAGAUGAAGCAAUAAAUUCCCUUGAUCAGGUUUUGGAUAAAAACAACAAUCCGAAGUGUAUAGCUCUUAAAGGACAGGCAUAUCUAAAUAAAGGACUUACUGGGGAAGCUUCAAAGAUUGCACAGGAACUUAAAGUGACACAUCCUGAUCUGGCAGAAGCCGACUAUCUUGAAGGAUUGAUUCAGUACAAAGAAAAGAACUAUUCUCAGGCAGAAACAAGUUUCCAGAGAGCUAUUGAAAAAGAAACUGAAAUGGCUGACUUUCAUUUCUGCCUGGGCCUCACUUACUGGUUUAUGAGUGAAGAGACAAGAAAGGAUAAAUCAAAGGCUCUCACUCAGUUUUUGAAGGCAGCAAAACUGGACAAUUACCUAGGAAGUGCUUUCUAUUACUUAGGUCAAUACUACAGAGAUAUAGCUGGAGAUAAAAACAGAGCUCUUGGCUGCUACAAAAAGGCUUUUGAAAAAGAUAGAACCGAUGGUGAUGCUGGAGCAGCGGUAGUGGAUUUGAGCACUGAGCUUGGAGACUUGGACACUGCUCUUUCUAUCUUGGCAGAAGUGACAGAACGAGCAAGUGCUGGGCGAGCAAAGUGGGCUUGGCUUCGUCGUGGGCUUUAUUACCUGAGAGCUGGUCAGCAUUCUCAAGCAGUGGCAGAUUUGCAGGCAGCUCUUCGAGCAGAUCCAAAGGACGCCAACUGUUGGGAAUCUCUUGGAGAGGCAUAUUUGAGCAGAGGCGGCUUCACAACAGCUCUAAAAUCUUUCCGAAAGGCCAGAGAACUUAACCCCAAAUCUAUAUAUAGUAUUUAUAAGGCUGCAGCAAUUGAACAGAUUCUAGGAAAAUAUAAAGAGGCUAUUGCAGAAUAUCAGCAUAUCUUGAAGAAAUCAAAAGAUUAUGUCCCUGCACUGAAAGGUUUAGGAGAAUGCUAUCUCAUGAUGGCAAAGACUGCUCUUGCUGACUAUUUGGAUGGAAAAGCUCUGGAUUAUAUCGAGCAAUCCCUUGGAUUUUUAGCAAGAGCUGCAAAGCACCGCCCAGAAGCAUCUUGCCUUUGGAAAUUGCUUGGAGAUGCCUGCACUUGUGUUUGUGUUAUUACACCUUCCAAAGUGAAUGUGAAAACAUUAGGAUUCCUUAUUGGUCAGGACACAGACAAAUGUUUGCUGAAGAAAAGUGACCUGCUCAGUUUGGGAGGAAGGUGUUAUGGAAGAGGAUUAAAAUUGAUGUCCUCACCAAAUACAUGGUGUGAUCUCGGAAUUAACUACUAUCAUCAGGCGCAUCACCUUUCGGCAACAGGCAGCAGCAAGAAUGAGAUCAGUGAACUGUUAGAGAAGUCUUUACAGUGUCUUAAAAAAGCAGUUAGAAUAGACAGUAAAACCCAUCUUUACUGGAAUGCUCUUGGAGUGGUGUCAAGCUCCAAAGGUGUUGGAAACUAUGCCCUUGCUCAACAUUCGUUUAUUAAAUCUAUUCAAGCUGACCAAAUUAAUGUUGUUGCCUGGACCAAUUUGGGAGUCUUGUAUUUAACCAGUGGAAACAUAGAGCAAGCACACGAAGCCUUCAAAGUAGCCCAGUCUCUGGAACCCUCCUACCUAACGUGUUGGAUUGGGCAGGCUCUCAUUGCAGAGACUGUGGGCAGCUAUGAAACUAUGGAUCUCUUCAGGCAUACUACUGAACUCAGCAUGCAUACUGAGGGAGCAAAAGGUUAUGCCCAUUGGGUGUGUUCAACCCUACAAGACAAAGGCAACAGAAACACUGAAUUGUAUAGAUACAAUAUUCUUCAGAUGAAUGCCAUCCCAGCAGCCCAAAUUGCUCUGACCAAAUACACAGAAAGAAUUCAAAAUGAUGCCUGUGCGUUUACAAUGCUUGGCUAUUUAAAUGAAUAUCUCCAACUAAAAAAACAGGCAGGAGAUGCUUACCAAAGGGCAGUUCUGUUGUUGAAAAAUUGUGAAGAUAAAGAGAAAUACAACAUAGCCAUGAGAAAUUAUGGCAGAUCACUGUGUGUUCUUGGUCAUUAUGAUGAUGCAAUUCAGGCUUACUUAUCAACUGGUCUCUCAGAAUUCGAUGAUAUUUUGGGAAUUGCCUUGGCUUACUUCAAGAAGGGAGACUGCCAAGAAAGUCAGAAAGCUUAUGAAAAAGCAAUCUCCAUGGUUGAUUGUGAGCAAGACAAAGCAUAUAUCCUCACAGCCCUGGCAAUCAUGGGAUACAAACAGAAUCAAGUAGAUGAUGCUAAGACCCUCUUAUUUAAAUGUUCUAUAUUACAGAAACCAAAUAUAGAAAGUCUGCAAGCUUUGUGCACUUUAGGGCUGAUAAAGCAGGAUGCUACACUUGCAACAGCAGCACUUAAAGAAUUAUUAAAGCAUGCAGAAAGAAAGGAUGAUAUUUUUAUGAGGUGCCUUUUGACAUCUGCUGUCUAUGCAUUACAAGGCAGGAAUCAGGCUGUUCAAAGACAAGUUUCAAGAACUAUUCACAGUAACCCAGAUAAUCCUGCUUUAUGGUCUCUCCUGUCUCGACUGGUACCUCAAUAUACACCAAAGAAUGCAAAGGGUGGGGCAGUGGCAGGAACUGUUGCUCAUAUUCAUGAUUUAAACCAUGGAAAGAAAGCUUUGUUGAAUACCGCAGUUAAUCAAUUGGCUAUAGGAUGUCACACAGCUGAAAAUGAGAAGAACAAUGCAUUGAAAAAUAUCCAAAAGGCAAUCCAUCUUUCCCCAGAUGAUCCGGCUGCUUGGUCAGUGCUCCUAGCUGCUUGUCAUUCUGAAAACACUGUUGUUUGUCUGCAUAAUACACAGCCAAAGAUGAGAAACCUGGAAAAAAUGAUUGUAGCCACAAUCUCAGCAAAAACUAAAGAAAAGGAACUCCCAGUUUCCUAUGCCCAAGCUCUUGAAGAGUGGUCUCUUUUCGAAGCUAUUACUGGCUUAAGUGAGACCGGGAGAACUUCAGAAGCAGAGGCUCUCUGUACGAAGGGAUUACAAACUUUUCCUGAGCAACCAACAUUGUACCUGCUUUUAAGGCAAGUUCAGUACAAGCCACUUUUGCAGUCUCACAAAGAGUUUCCUGAUUCUGUCUUGGAGGAGCUUCAAAAGGCAGUUAUGUCCAACUCCACUUCAAUUACAGCCUGGCAUUGGCUCGCAGAAGUUUAUCAUUCCCAAGGAAUGAUGGUUGCUGCAGAGAUGUGUUUCCGAAAAAGUUUACAGCUGGCAUCCCAGCAGGGUAGCUGGAGUGGGAAGCUCUCUAGCCUACUAAGACUUGCUAAGCUUGCCCUGGAAAUCUGCAUGGCUAACAUUUCAAAUGAUCACUGGCCAUUACUGGUUCAAGAAGCCACAGCAGAAGCUUUGAAGCUUACUUUCUGUCCACUGGGUGUUCUGCUACAAGCUCUUCUUCAGUACAACCGCAAAAUGGGGUCAAGGGAAGCUCGUCGCAUGUUGGAGAGAGUGGUAUAUCAACCUGGGUAUCCAGAAACCAUAGUAUCAGUAGCCCGAUGGUAUCUCUUAAGACACUUAUAUGCCAAAGAUGAUUAUGAACUAAUAGAUGCCCUUGUAGCAAACGCCAAAGCUCAUAGAGAUGUUCGGGCAUUGGAUCUAAAUAACAAACUUGCAGCAACAGCAUCCUAAUGCACUUUGUUGAUGAAGCUGACAGACAGAGGACUAUCUCCGGAAAGCCAUGGCUUCAAUCUUUGCAGGGCAAUUAGUCCUCAAAUCAAGCUCCUGUUCGGCCAAUUGUAAUUUUUUAAUAUAUAUAGGAACCUGUUAUUAAACUGCCCAUUGCAAAUUUGUGUUCAACUCAACUUAUUUUUAAGAUGGACUUGUGAAGAACAAAGGUAACAUAUUUGGCAUCAGCUGUGGUGCAAAAAAGACUAUGUUUCAGGUUUUGAAACACAGCAUUGAUAAUAUAUGCACUUGUUAAGCAAAAGAUGACUCAUAGUCAACCACAUAUUAUGUGUUUGUUCUUUGUGUUACGGUAUCCAUGAAGUAACCCUUCUAUAGAUUGUGAUGCAAAGAAUUAAUCUGUAUAGCAUGUUGAAGGCCAGAAUGUUUACACUUUGUCUUGCAAUGGCAGUUUGACAAUUCAGAUGCCUGAAAAACAUUACUUGCUUUUUCUUAUCUGGAUGAAAUUUUAAAAGAAUUUGCUCUAGCAGCCACUCUGAUCACGUUGAUCAAGAAUGUCUUCCGCCAUUGGAAAGUUCACAUUCAAGGAUAUGUCCCUUGGUUUUGAUAUCUGACACGGGGGGAGGGGGGGUUGUUGGUAUAAUUGCCAGAGGUAAGAUCUCUCCCAUUAACUUUCUCCCAACUCUGUUUUGUCAGAAAGAAUUAUUGGUGUAAAGCAGGCUCCCAAAUAUCCUGAGACUUGUGUAUGCUUCUAGUACAUCAAGGCUUUCUCUUCUGAGUGCAGAAUGUGAUCCAAAGCUGGUGGCAAAGGCCAUCUAAGAGGACAUGUGUGUAGUACAGUUGGGAUGUGUUAUUUCUUAGCAUUUUUAAACAUGUCCUUUUGAGGCUGCAGUUUGAAGAUGAUAAGUAGCAUGGGGAAAACAAUACUCUUUUUUUGGACUAUAGUUCCCAGAUUCACGUAGCCAGCAGGACAGGCACCUAAUAUUUCUUGGAGUUCAAGCCUCCCAAAGGAGCUUUGGUUAGGAUCUGAAGAGAGAUUAACAUUUCCCUUCAUACUAUGUAGCUCUCGCCUUAAAAUCCUGCCUCUGUUGAGAAAAAACCUGUGGUAUCCUGUCUAUAUAGCUAAGAUAAAUAGCACCUAGAAACACUGCUUGAAGAGGGGGAAAAAACUAUUCAUGGCAAUCUUCUGCCAUGUGCUUAGAGAUUGCAUUGUGUUAAAUAUUGAGAACUUGCAAGAGGAAUCUCAGAAUCAAGUCUUUGAUUGCUUUUCUUUUGGAGAAUUGUAUUUUUGAGUAAAAUGCAUCCACAUCCAUUUAGGUUUUAGGUUCUUGCUGAUCCGGGUUUCUUACUGCUAAAAAAAGGGUCAAUACCUUUUAGAGGAAUACUUCUUGGUUUAAGAAACUCAUGAUACACAUCAUUGAGUCUCAUAAAUGUCAAUUCUGCAAGCCCUUUCUGCAUUAAGAUCAUAGAGUUCAAGGGGAACACAAAAUCUAGUGUGGUGUUUUGCCUGGAGUUUGCAAUUCUGUGCCCAUAAAAGAUACUUUAAAACUAAUAUUGUUUAUAGUGACUUGGGCAAACUGCUUGCGGGACAUUUUUAGCAACAUGCGUUGCAGCUGAAGGGUAAAAGCCACUUUGCUUGUUCCUGCAUUAUUUAUUCCCUCAUCAUUCUUAACCAAGACAUUUUCUACUUCAGUUGUACAUCACUCCAGUUGUUUCUACACAAAAAGGUGAAAGUUUAGUAUAGGGAACUGGCAAGAAUAAGGACGGUGAAGCUCUCAGGUUUGCUGUGGAAAAUAAACUGAUCUUGGUUUUGUAAUAGUUUAUUUCCACAUCAGUCCAAACAGAGCCCAAAGGAUUGUUGCUAUUUGCUGUCCAUUUGGUUUUGAUUUAUGUUGAUCACAAAACUGAGAGGCCUCCAAGAGCCCUGGAUAUCAACAGCCCUUACUUUAUUGAGUCAAACCAUCUAUGAUGCAAUUUUCCUCAUUUCCUAUGGCUUUCCAUUUUACUGAACUUUAUCUUUUCCGGUGAAUCAUGCCAUUUCAUGGUAUGUCCAAAGUGCAAUAGUUUCAGUGUAGUAAAGUUGGCUUCUAAUGAGAAUUCAAGGUCGAAAAUCCAUUAAUUCGGCUUUCUGGAAUCUGUUACAUUGACAGCACUCUCCAUCACAUUUCAAAUGAACUGAUUAUCUUUCUGUCAGUUUUCUUCACUAUUCUCCUUUCAUGACUAUAUAUAGAAACUGGAAAUUAUAUGGCCUGGAUUUUAACUUUAGUAUUUAAUAAUAUAGCUUUAUACUUGAGGAUUUUUAGUUCUACCACAGCUACCUUCUCAAGUCUAAGCCUUUAUGGGUUUCUUGACUAGUUAUUAUUUUGAUAUACUACUGAGCCAAUAUAUGUCCAUGCCUUAAGUAUGGGAAACAAUCUCUGGUCCUUGUUUUUAUUUCUUAAUUGCUCUAACACUUCCUUAAUGUCUCUAAUGUGAAAGGUUCUUACAGUGUAAAAUAGAAAGAGCCAGUCUUAUUUACUAAAAGAAUGUGGAUGAAAUUGUCAAGGAAUCCCAAUAGAUGGCCUUGUUCCAGUUCUGCAGUUAUCUAGCAUCUUCCAAUCAUUCUGGAAGCCUUGUUACGGGGGAUUUUGUACACUAAGGAAUCACUUUGCUUGAAAGUCAUAACAUUUGUUUUCUCUUAAGUUGAUUUUUCUGCUAUUUAGUAUUUAUAUAGAUGACAUGAGUAUUUAAUUAUAAAAUUAACUGCAGUUAUUUAGUAUUUCGGCUGUGGGGUCACGUUGUUUUUACACCAAGAUCUGACAACUGAAAUCUGAGAUAAAAAACAGAUAUUUAGAAUUAAAGAAACCUGGGUCCUAUUUUACGAACCAAUAAUGAAUGAAGCUCAUUACAUACAUUCAGUCUGAUUUCUCUUAAUUUCAACAAUUUAGGGUGAGAUUUACUUUAUUGCCAUAUUAAGAACUGGCAGCUUCAAAUCCUUGUUGGUCUACUGACAAACAGCAAGUUCUAUACCAGUAAAUCAGGUACCAGUAAAUCUAUUUUCCACCCACCAUUGGCUUAGCAGACUUCUUUUGUUUAUUUUUUAAUAGGCAGAGCUACAAAUCAGAUUCAUGGUUGGAUAAUUUUGGGAUGCAAUACUAGAUGCAAUUACUGGCAGCUGUUGAAUUUUAUUUUCUCAAAAAUAUAAAGUAUACUGUAUAUGAUUAAUUUGGAUUUGAUAAAGAUCUGUAAGUGGCUAUUGCAAUGGCAAUUUGUUACUAUAGGUAAUAUAGGGAGACGCAAGAAAACAAAGGUUCCUGUUACAGGAUCAAAAAGUUAAUCUUUUUCAAUUUCCUAAAUGUGUCCACAGGACGGCAUUACUCUGGAUGCUUAAGAAAAUGCCAUCAAUCUUCUUUUAGUUCAGUUAUCUUUUGUCGAAUCUUCUUCAUGUCUUGUUUGAACUUUUCUUCCUCGAGUUUCAGCUUUGUUGACUGUAUUUGUUUUAAUGCACUGAGAGAAUCACGGAUAGAUUGAAACCCUGUAAAAUAGAAGUCAUACAUAAGUUGGCAAACACUCCUCAGUACUUCAACAACAAACAACUGGAUUUGAAGUUUACUGACUAAAUCACAUCACAUGCCAUGAAAAUACAAUGGUAAAGAAUCACAUUUGCUGAAAGUUUUGUGUUUCAAUGUAUUUCUUCAGUAGACUCUGUUUCUUUUUGUGUGUGUGCUCACAUUUUCAAGCUAUCUCUGGACUUAUGGUAACCCAUUAAUUUCAUAAGGCUUUUUAGGCAAGGAAUACUUAAAGGUGAUUUGUCAUUGUCUUCUCCUGAAAUAUAGCCUACCUAUUCAUGUCCUAUUCGUUGGUAGUUUCCCAUCCAAGUAUUAACCUGGACUGAUUCUGUGUAGCUUCCAAGAUCAGAUGGGACUUGGUGCUUUGGGGGUAUUUAGGCUUUGAUUAAUGCUACCAGCAUGUGGAUUUAUUUGAAUUGAAGAAUUCAACUUGAUACCAUCAUAAAAAUAUUAAUUACUCUCUACAAUCAAAACAAAAACGGAAUAAAAUUUAAUUUCCAUAA